ACACCGACUCACCGUCUGAAGUCGUUUCUGUCCGUUGCGAAGUGACAAGCUGUACGGACCCAAGCCAUCACACCGGGGGAGGAAGCCUUUUUACCUUCUGAACCGGCCAUGGUGCUAACACGCGGAGUAACAACUACCACAGCAGCAAGGCAGCAACGCACGGAACUGAUCAAAGACAGGGGGAAGAGUUUGGAUGAACACCACUACGGUACGCGAUAAAGCUCAAAAGUCGUACGUUUGCUUUUUUCCCCCCUCCUCGACUCGUUACGAGCAGUGUGAAAAUGUCUGCCACUCGGUAUCGUCGGUUUUUGAAGCUGUGUGAAGAGUGGCCCCGGUAUCAGACCAAGGGAGGCCACGAUUUAGGGACGGUUCUGCGGCAAAGAGUCGCUUCUGCCUUCCGUGAGGGUGAAAACACGCAGAUCUCGGAUCCAGAGAAAUGUGAUCAGAUGUAUGAAAGUUUGGCCCGGAUCAAUGGCAAUGUAUACAGAGAACGAUUUCCUCGUGUAAGAGACACAAGUUUUACUGGCGUCACUGUAGAAGAAUGUAGACUAUUUUUGUCAGAGAGUAUUCAACGGGUGGAUGAAGACAAAAAGGGGCUGUGGAAGACAGUAAUGGAAAGAUUUUCCAAAUCACCCGAAGACGCUCCAGAGAAGGCUCCUGAAAAAUAACUAUUUUAAUAUUGCAUGUAUAGAAAUUAACAUUGUUUAGAAAUAAAUUUUGUUGUUGGCA